AUGUUGAUAACGACAGACAACUUGAGUCAUCUUCAAUCAGAACUGCUUUUUGGAUCCCUGACUGGACUCUCCUUAGCUAAAAACAUGCUCACAGGUCUGAUUCCUUUGUCUAUUGGAAACUUAAGUGACUUGACUCGGCUGUAUCUUUUCCAAAAUCAUCUUUCUGGAUCCAUUCCAGAAGAGAUUGGGAAGCUCAGAUCUCUUACCAAACUCAUUUUAUUUGAAAACAUACUCAUGGCUUCCAUUCCGCGGUCUAUUGGAAACUUAGGUAACCUGACAUUGUUGCAUCUUUCCAAAAAUCUUCUUUCCGGCCCCAUUCCAGAAGAAAUUGGGAACCUCUUAUCCAUUGAAACGCUUGCACUUGAUGAGAACAAUCUCACCAGCAAUGUUCCCAAUUCUAUUGGUGAUUUGGAAAAGUUAACUACAUUAUCCCUUUUUGGAAACAAGCUCUCCGGACAGAUUCCUUCUGCCAUAGGAAAUCUAACCAAUCUCUAUUACUUGGAACUUUCUCGAAACAACUUAUAUGGGGCAAUUCCUCCCGAAUUGGGUACAUUGAAGUUAUUAGCUUAUAUUCAUAUUUUUCAAAACCAGCUAAGUGGUGCUCUUCCAGAUGGAUUUAACAAUCUUACACAUUUAAAUGUGUUAACACUGGCCCAAAACUAUCUUACAGGUCAUUUACCCGCAAAUAUUUGUAUUGGUGGCUCACUGACGAUGUUCAUAGUAUCUAUAAAUAACUUUGUCGGUGCUAUGCCAAGGAGCUUAAAAAACUGUUCUAGUUUAACAACUAUUGGUGUUGGUGAGAACCAACUAUCAGGAAAUAUCUCUGAAGAAUUUGGUGUAUAUGCAAAUGCAGAAUUUAUUAGUUUAAGGAAAAAUAAAUUUUUUGGUGAGUUAUCUUCGAAUUGGAGUGCAUAUUCGAAAUGGAGUGCCUAUCUAAAUUUGGUAGCAUUGGAGAUCUCGAACAAUAAUCUUUCUGGCAGAAUACCAACUGGGCUUGGAGAGUUAUCUUGUCUGCAAAAACUUUCUCUCUCCACAAAUCACUUGCAUGGAAAGAUCCCUAGAAGUUUGGGGAAGCUGACUUUGUUGCUUUACCUUAAGCUGCACAACAACAAUCUCUCAGGCAAUAUACCCUCAGAAAUUGGUCAGAUGUCUAGACUUUUAAACCUUAGUUUGUCGGCCAAUAAUCUUAGCGGUUCAAUUCCAGAACAAAUAGUAUUCUCUGAAUAUGGCUACUCUGGUGUUGGAGUAGUUGUGAGGGAUGAGUGGGGCAAUUUUGUUGCAGGUUCUUCCCACAAAAUCUUUGGUAUCUUUUCCCCUGAGGUCAUCGAAGCCUAUGCUGCAAGAACUGCAAUUUCCUUACUGCUUCAGUGGAAGGUGCCCAAGAUUAUUUUGGAGGGCGACUCCUUGAAGAUCAUUGAAGAAGCUGAAACAGAGAGGCAUUGGCUGGAGCAAUUUUAUAUAUAUUAUCUCAUUCAUUGUAACCCAAUAUAUAUACACGUAUGGCAGCACAAAGGUGGGAGAGUUACACCAGAGAUAGGAACCUAG